GUUAAAGAAGCAUUGGAGACAGAAACAGCACCAAACAGUACGAAUCAUUACCAAGCAUCCAGCUCACUCUUUACAGAGUUUGUAUCACACGCAGUGAUGAACGAAUAUUUGCUUACUUUGGAACGCUUAUAUCCUCAUAUUGUCCAAGUGGAAUCCAUAGGCAGAACUUUCGAAGGCAGAGAUCUACUCUUAAUAAAAAUAGGAGCCAAUCCCAACAAUCCCACCAUACUGAUAGACGCGGGCAUCCACGCCAGAGAAUGGAUAGCGCCACCAGUGGCAUUAUACAUCAUUAACCAGCUAGUGGAGAACCCGGCCAACUACCGACUCUACCAGAACGUUAAUUGGAAUAUAAUUCCUAGCCUAAAUCCGGACGGAUACGAAUUCUCCCGGUCCUCCACAUGGAACAGGCUAUGGAGAAAAACACGUCAACCUAACCAAUCGAGCUCCUGCAUCGGAACUGACCCAAACCGUAACUUUGAAUACUACUGGAUGUUUGCUGGGGCCAGUGCUGACCCCUGUGACGAGACGUAUGCUGGUCCACAACCAUUUUCCGAGCCAGAAACAGCAGCACUCGCAACAUACGCGCUCAGAAACAGGCAUCAGAUCAAAUUGUACAUCAGCUUUCAUAGUUAUGGAAAUAUGAUACUAUAUCCAUGGGGAUACACUAACGAUCUGCCAGAUAACGCUGACGAACUCCAGUGGCUUGGUGAAUUAGCAGGCUUGGCAAUUGGUAGAGUUAGUACCCUCAAUUCUCGUUACGUAGUUGGUAGUUCCACAAACGUUCUCUAUGCAGCAGCUGGUGGAAGCGACGAUUGGGUCAAAGGAGUAACGGGUGUUGGUUUGGCUUACACCAUCGAACUUCCAGCUGGUGGUCUUUUUGGAUUCAAUCCACCAGCAACUAGCAUUCUGCCCAUUGUGCAAGAGACGUUUGAAGGCAUUACAAUAUUCCAUGCAUAUGUAGAAGCAGCAUAUAGCAAAAAUUAAAACACAAUUGUUUUUUUUCUCAAUCUAAAUAAAUAUUUUA